CCAAAAAAGGCUCUGCCACAGAUUUCACCAUUGUCAUCCAUAAUGUUACUGAGAAGGAUGCUAGGACAUAUUACUGUGUGAUGGAUUACAGCUUUGCAGAGAUCAACAAUCCACAGUCACAAAGCAGGCAUGGGACUCAGGUGAUUGUGCAAAGUAUAGAGAAGCAGAUGGUGGUCCAGCCACAGGAUUUUGUUUCGGUACUAACAGGAGAGUCCCUGAAGCUGGAAUGCUGGGUGGAAGGUGGACUUCCAUCCGGACCUAUGAAGUGGUUCUUGGGAAAUGGUACCGAUCGGAAGGUGAUCUAUGAAGAUGCAUUGGCACCGGGGAGAGUUACAAGGAAUCAGAAGAGCUCUCUUACAGAUUUCACCAUUGUCAUCCAUAAUGUUACUGACAAAGAUGCUGGGACGUACUACUGUGGGAUGGAGAAGAGACUUAAAAGAAAUGGAGGUCCAGACUGGAAAAUUGGAAGCGGGACUCAGGUGGCUGUUAAAAGUGAGUGGUGAAAGAUUCACAGGGAACUUGGUUGCUUUGCAAUUGUAAUUUCUACCAUGGCCUCGGAUUAGUGCUAUAAUCUGGCCUAGCUCCCAUUUGUUUUAAGGGAAACCACAGGUGCAGCUACAGGUGGAGCAAAUGAGAGCACUAC